CCAAUUCUGCCAUUUGUAAUUUAGCGAUGCAUGUAUCAUGCGUGCUCUGGCUGCCCCAAUCUCCAGCAUCGCUUCCGUAUUAAAAACCUAAAAACCCUAAACCCUAACUCCUUGAUCCCCUCCGCCUGCGACGCUGCUACUAGCUCUCUCUCUCUCUCUCUCACAUAGCAGGCAGUUGAAGAUAUGUUGCGAAGGAACGUAAGGCUGAGGAGAGAGUACUUGUACAGGAAGAGUUUGGAAGGCAAAGAGCGUUUGCUCUACGAGAAGAAGCGAAAGAUCAAAGAAGCCCUUGACGAGGGAAAACCAAUCCCUACUGAGCUCAGAAACGAAGAGGCCGCCCUUCGCCAAGAAAUCGACCUCGAGGACCAAAACACUGCCAUUCCAAGGACACAUAUCGAUGAUGAGUAUGCUAAUGCAUCCGAAAAGGAUCCUAAAAUUUUGUUAACCACCUCCCGCAAUCCAAGUGCUCCUCUUACACAGUUUGUAAAGGAAUUAAAGAUUGUAUUUCCUAAUGCACAGAGGAUGAAUCGUGGUGGUCAGGUUAUUUCUGAAAUUAUUGAAACUUGUCGUGCACAUGAUUUCACGGAUGUAGUGUUUGUUCAUGAGCAUCGUGGUGUACCAGAUGGUAUAAUUAUAAGCCAUUUACCUUUUGGUCCAACUGCUUACUUUGCAUUACUCAAUGUGGUUACAAGACAUGACAUUAAGGACAAAAAAGCCAUGGGAACAAUGCCCGAGGCUUACCCACAUUUGAUUCUUAACAAUUUCUCAACCAAGCUCGGCCAAAGGACAGCAAACAUUUUAAAGUAUCUAUUUCCAGUGCCCAAGCCUGAUACAAAACGUAUCAUCACUUUUGCCAAUCAGUCUGACUAUAUUUCUUUCAGGCAUCAUGUCUAUGAGAAACGUGGAGGUCCUAAAUCGGUUGAGCUGAAAGAGAUUGGUCCUCGGUUUGAAUUACGGCUGUAUCAGAUCAAGUUAGGAACAAUGGAUCAGAGUGAAGCACAAAUUGAAUGGGUCAUCAGACCAUACAUGAACACAUCGAAAAAACGGAAGAUUCUUGGUGAUUGAUACCAUAUAAGAUACUUUUCUUAUAUUUCAUAAUUUGUUUGAGGCAACUGAUUGUGCUUGAGUUCAUAAAUGUAUCCUAAUUUUGUUUGUUGGUUUCAUCACUAUCAUUAAUAGCAUUUCUUUGCCGGUUAGAUAUUUCAAUGAUUGAUCAGGUGUUAUAUAUUUGAC